UCUGCACAGCCCAUAUAUGCCAAACAAUCGUGAUUCGAACUGAGGCGCGCGCAUCAUCACGGGCCAACCAAGCAAAGCCGCCACUACACUAGCUUUGCUAGCAGCUAGUAGUCCCAUGGCCAUGGCCAAGGCCUGCUCGACUGUGCUUCCGUGCCUCUUGCUGCUAGCCAUCGUGUCCCUUUCCCUUGCCGCCGCGGACGGCGGCGGCAACAACUCCACCGACCCUGCCGGGCAGGUCCGCCUGAGCUGCGGCUCGUCCGCCUCGGCCACCGACUCCGACGGCCGUGCGUGGGACGGUGACUCCGCGUCCAUGUUCUUGCCGUCGACGAACGCCGGCGUCGCGGCCCGUGCGUCGUAUCAAGACCCGUCGCUGCCUUCUACCGUGCCUUACAUGACGGCGCGCGUGUUCGCGUCGAGCCACACCUACACCUUCCUCGUCCGCCCCGGCCGCGUGUUCCUCCGCCUCUACUUCUACCCGGCCGACUACGGCAACCGCAGCGCCUCCGGCGCCCUCUUCGGCGUCACGGCCGGCGGCGUCACGCUGCUGCAGGACUUCAACGCGUCCCAGACCGCGCUCGCGCUCGACGCCGCCUACCUCGUCCGCGAGUUCUCCCUCAACGUCAACUCGAGCGGGAGGCUGGAGGUUACCUUCGCCCCGUCCCCUGGCGCCUCCUCCCACUACGCGUUCGUGAACGGCAUCGAGAUCUUGCCCACGCCAGACGUGUUCACGAAGCCGGUGCCGACCUUCGCCAACGGGGGGCGCCCGGACCCGAUGCCCGUCCGCGCCGACACGGCCUUCCAGACCAUGUACCGUCUCAACGUCGGCGGCGAGGCCGUCUCUCCGGCUGACGACUCCGGCCGCUUCUACCGCACCUGGGACACGGACAUCCCUUACAUAUUCGGCGCGGCCGGCGGGGUCUCCUUCGAGAAGGACAGCGACGUCACCAUCCGAUACCCGCCGUCCGUGCCGCCGCACAUCGCGCCGGAGGGCGUGUACGCGUCGGCGAGGUCCAUGGGCCCGACUGCGCAGAUCAACCUGAACUACAACCUCACGUGGAUCCUGCCCGUGGACGCGGGGUUCUACUACCUCCUGAGGUUCCACUUCUGCGAGAUCCAGGACCCGAUCACCAGGGUGAACCAGCGCUCCUUCUUCAUCUACAUCAACAACCAGACGGCGCAGGAGCAGAUGGACGUCAUCGCGUGGAGCGGAAGGAUAGGGGUUCCGGUGUACACCGACUACCUCGUCGUCACGACGGGCUCCGGCCAGAUGGAUAUGUGGGUCGCGCUGCACCCGGACCUCAGCAGCAGGCCGGAGUACUACGACGCGAUACUCAACGGCCUCGAGGUGUUCAAGCUCCAGACGUACGGCAGCAACAACCUCGCCGGGGCCAACCCGCCGAUCCCACAGAAACAGUUCUACCAAGGGGAGUCCAAGAGGAAAAGUGCCGUAGCUGCGGCCGUUGGUGGAACGGUCGCCGGUGGCCUCCUUGCGGUGUUGAUCGGCUGCCUAUGCGCGUGCGCUAUUUGCAGACGGGGCAGAAAGGCGACAUCGGUGGUCGUGUGCGAGCCAGAAGCCAUUCCUGAUAAACAAGCCCAUGGUCCCCCUAGCCCAACAAAAAGCUCUGCUUUGUUUAAGUCGGGCCAGACAUAAAUGGGCCUCCCCAAAGAAGUUACGAACAGACCAUAGUGUGAGAAAUCCUAUAAAGUUUCUUUAUUUAACCUGCGCAAAUACAAAAGUUCGUGCAUCUCAGAAAAGGCUCAUUGCAUAUAUAUAAAGUGUGCUUAUUCAUCUAAAAAUAUAUUCUGUUUAUCUAUAAAAAUAUAUUCAUGCAUUAA